AAUAAUUAAUCAAUUUAAGCAUAAUGCCGGUGUAUUCCGUUCACUUUGGUGGUGUAAAUACGUGACAUUUUGAUUUGAGUAUGUGUAAAAGAGAAAUUCGUCUACGCAACGUGAUUGGUUUAAUUUGAUUGUUCAGACACACCCCCUCUCACGCCCCGGUCCAUGGUUCAUGCUCGAUGACGCGACGCGAGCGGUGCUGAAGUCAGUCAGAAAGUCGCGACCCCUUUGGACUGAUAAACAAUGCGUUUUAACGCGUAUACUCACUGACGCGUUUCAGUCGCGAUCGCCUUGUGAAAACAGCUGAUUGGCUGUACCGAUGAACGGUAUUGUUAUUAACGGUUAAUCUCAGCAUUUGUCCAUGUGCUGUCGUAUCGAUUGCGGAUGGAAAGCGGCAUUAUCGGACGGGAGUGAUUUUUGUUUGAAAGUGUAUUUUCCUCUAAUACAUGUUUAAUGAGAGUUUGGGGUGUUUUGAUGGACAUUUGUAUUCGUCUGAUCGGUACCGCAGUGCGCGGCAGGCCUGAAGUCGAUCAGUAUGAUCGGACGCGUGUGUCCGAUUCCGUCCUCGUGACGUCACAUCGCUCAGUUUCUGCGCGUUCGCGAAACGUGUCGCCAGACUGCGUUUGGGAGUUCCGGAGGUCUUGGUUUCAGAUACCCUGAGAUGCGUCAUGGACCUGAAUUUUUACUCGGAUCUAUCGGACGGAACCGGGCAGCCCGGUGACGCGGAGUUCUUGGAUCAUCAGGCGUUUAACGGAUUUGACGCCGUUCAGAAGUUCCCAGGAGGCAAUGACAACUACCUGGCGAUCAGUGGUGAGGGUCACCACUUCCUGUCAUCUUCAGAGACGUUUCACACGCCCAGUUUGGGUGAUGAGGAGUUUGAGAUCCCGCCCAUCUCCCUUGACCCUGACUCCGCCCUCAGCGUCUCGGAUGUCGUGUCUCACUUUGGCGAAUUGGGUGACACUGGACCUGCCUCGGGCGUUCCGGGGAAUGCUGUGGUUGGUGGGAACGAUCCGUCGUUUGCUUCGACGUAUGUGAACGCGCCCUCACAGGGUCUGGAGCACCUGAGUCUGAGUCAACAGGGUGGCGGACCGAUGCUCGGGUCUACACUGGGAAUGGAUCUUGGCCAUCCCAUUGGUUCGCAGUUUAGCAGCUCCUCCCCAAUGACCAUUGAUGUUCCUCUGAGUGACCACGCCCUAUUGGGGCACAAUCAGCUGACCACUAUUGACCAAUCAGAACUCAGCGCCCAGCUUGGACUGAGUCUGGGUGGCGGUGCUAUCCUGCCUCGCUCGCAGUCACCUAACCAGCCGCUGUCCACCACUGGCUCGCUGUCAGAUUCGCUGCAUGACGACGACAUGGACGAUUUCAGACAGAAGACUGUGCUGGUGGAUUCUCCCGUGUCGCUGUCUGUGUCAUCUGGUGUCAUCUCUCUCUCGCCGUCUCUCUCCGUUCAGCCCGCCGCUCCUGCAGCAUCCGUCGCCCCUCAACGGAAAGCAGGCGGUGGUGGCGGGAAGAAAGGCAAGAAGAAGAAAGAUCCGAACGAGCCGCAGAAACCCGUGUCAGCAUACGCGAUGUUCUUCAGAGAUACGCAGGCUGCUAUCAAGGGCCAGAAUCCCAACGCCACGUUUGGAGAGGUGUCUAAGAUUGUUGCCUCCAUGUGGGACAGUUUGGGAGAGGAGCAGAAACAGGUGUACAAGAGGAAGACAGAAGCUGCUAAGAAGGAGUAUCUCAAAGCACUGGCAGUGUACAGAGCCAGUCAGCUGUCUCAGCCGACCAUUGAAGUGUUGGACACCGCACCAUCGCCACCUCCAGCCCCUGAACCUGCGGUUCCCCCAAAACCUGACCCCACACCGGCCGCCACCCCGACACGCUCGUCACGCAUCCCGCUGCAUGCACCGGACAACAACACGAUCACCAAUAUCUGCACAUCCAACAUCAUAUUAGACCUGCCGCAAGUCACCACGCGCUCACGCACGGGGGCACACAAACCAGCUACGAGCGCUCCUGCCCCACCACCUGCUGCUUCUGCCCCGCCCAUCGUUACGAAGAUCAUCCUUCCAAAGCAGCAUGCGCAGUCGUCCGCCUCUGCAACCUCCACGGCGGCCUCCACCGCCCGCCAGCCUCCGCCCCUUCAACAGAUGCAGAACACGCCCCCACCCCCCCGCCUGCAGCAGAUGGUCCAUUCCACAGCCCCGCCCCCUCUCCAGGCGAAGCCGCGCGGAGGUGCCGUCGUGGGACAAGUUGUCGCUAUGGCACCGCCACCUCUGCAAAUCAAGAUAGUCCCCGCCCCCAUGCAAACGGAUUUGAGUGCCCCGAUAAUAUUGACGACUGCUGCUGUGGCGCCGGUCAAAUCCUCUACUGAGGUCACGCAACCUCACACCAUUGUGGCCGCCCUGUCGCCAUCGGUAACGGAAGAAGUCACUGAAGGAGAAGAGGCGAUGGAGGUGGAACUGAAUGUUUGUCCGGCUCCAGACGUGACCCCAUCAGAUGCCCCCAGUGUGUGUGUGCGCGCCGGCUGCAACAACCCUCCUAUAGAGAGUAAAGACUGGGACAGAGAAUACUGCAGCAAUGAGUGUGUGGCCACACACUGCAGGGACGUCUUUAUGGCCUGGUGUGCGAUCAGAGGACAAAACUCAACCACUGUCACAUAGAAAUAUAGGAAUGCUGGAGAGAGACAGAUAGAGACGGUUGUGUGUGACGUAUGCUAGUAUAACGGUAAACUGAAAACUAAACUAGCAAACGCGCAAUUAGUUUGUAACCUGGAGCAAAGCACACUCGCCUGAAGCAACAUACAUUUUAGGUCCAGAAUAAGGUUUGCGAAAUAACGAUACACAAAAUCUGACGUGCACGUCAAACGCUUAUAAACUGGAAGCGAUCAGGAACAGACCUCAAAUCAGUGCUAAAACCGUUAUGUUUAAAUGCACAGACUAAUACUAAGAAACAAAAGCAGUGAGGAUUGCGUUUGAAUAUUUAAUGAAUAUUUAAAACGUUUCAUAACUUUUUAAAUAACCUAAUUAUGUAUCUGAACAUUGUACAUUGUCGGAUUCAAGUGACAGACUUUCACAGGGUGUAUGUGCAAGAGCGUGUUAGCCAGAAACAUACUUCACGCAAGUACGUAGACGCAGACCUGACCAGUGCGGAGAAGUGUUUGUGAUCAUUAUUUUCUUUAUUUUAUUUGCCGAUAUUAGUGCCGCUGAAUUACACACUUCGCCUUUAAUGUGUUACAAUGGUAGUACAGUGUUGGGCAAGUUACUCAAAAAUAGUAAUCCUCUAAAAGUUACUUUAGUUUGUUUGUUUUUUACGUACAAUGAAUUUCUCCUUUUUUAUUAACCAUGUCCCUUUAGCGGUCACAGAAACAAACAGAUGUACAAAUUAACAUAAUCCAUGUUUUAAAUGUAUUCUACAUAAAUAAUAAUAUUUUAGAAAAAUGUGUAACUCAAGUAAUGCACAUAAAUGUAAUUAACUUGAUUGAAACCUGUAACUGUAAUCCGAUUAAAAUAAUUGUAAUUGUAAUGCAUUAAGUACUUUUGACUUAAAAGUAAUUAUAUUACAGUAACGGAUUACUUUGUAAUCAGAUUACACCCAACACUGUUUGUGCAGUUAAACUGCAUGUGUUAUUAUUCGCAUUGCUAGCUGUAAACAUGUUGACAGUAAACUAAAUUGCUUAGCCAAAAUCUCAAAUAGAAACCUGACUAUAGAAGUAGUUUAUGCUAAUGCUCGCUUUUAGCGCCUCUUUCAUCAAACGCUGAGAAUGUAAUGCGUACAUGUGUGGUGUUAUUAAUGCAGCGAUGCACAAAAUUGCUUGCCGCCAGGGCUGGACUGGUAAUCUGGAAUACCGGGCAUUUUCCCGGUGGGCCGAUGCUCUUUGGGGCCGAUCAGGGGCGGAUUGGCCAUCGGGAGAACUGAGCGGUGGGCCGCGAUAAGCUAAAAUGUGCCGAUGCGUUAUGCAUAACGGACCACAAAUUUGUGCCGCGAUAUGCAGAAAAUGACAGCCCUGCUUGCCGCAGCUAGAAGCGUUUGCGUUCAUUUACUUGCAUAGAGUAUGUUUCGAGCCACAAGCACAACUUUGUGUGUGUGUGUGUGUGUGUGUGUGUGUGUGUGUGUGUGUGUGUGUGUGUGUGUGUGUGUGUGUGUAGCAAGUGAGUGAGAGAAGAAAAUAAUCUCUUAAGCUAAACAUUUUUAUAUCAAGUUACCACGUUUAGUCACUGUCAUAUUGGCAGUUUUUUGUAUUUUUUGAACAAGGGUGUAAUCUGUGCAGCUCUCUUGAAGAUUAUCAUAGCUAUAGUUUAUAGCCAAAAUGACAGUGACUAAACAUGGUAACUGGCUUUACCAUAGGAGAGAGUGUAACGGUCAACUAGGAUGACGUAAGUCUUCUAAGCCCGUCAUAUAAUGAUCCUGGGGUCAAUGAACCGAGUUCAGAGUGUUACGAUACCAAUAGGACUGCAACUAACGAUUAUUUUGAUAAUCGAUUAAUCUAAUGAUUAGAACGAUUAUUCGGCGAUUAUUGCAACAAUUAAUCAUCCGCUCUUAGCCGAUUAUUUAGCUUGUGCCCGACUUAAAAGGUUGUAUUAAAUGUGCUUACUAACAAUAAGGACAAAAUCAUCUUUUAAAAAUACCUCUAAAUAACAUUCACUGAAUUAAAGGGGAAAAUCUUUUAUCAAGUUUAAUUCUGGAACGAAAUUUAGUGCAAAAAAAUCAUAUUAUCAAUUGUUUUUGUCUUGUUUUCCAUUUAAAAUCGUCUAAAAAUCCUUAAAACAUGAUACAUUUACUUGAAAAGCAACAUAUACAGUUAUGCUCAAAAGUUUGCGUACCCUGGCAGAAAUUGUGAAAUUUUGGCAUUGAUUUUGAAAAUAUGGAUUUUAUUUAAGGAUAGUGAUCAUAUGAAGCCAUUUAUCAUCACAUAGUUGUUUGGCUCCUUUUUAAAUCAUAACUAUAUCAGAAAUCACCCAAAUGGCCCUGAUCAAAAGUUUACAUACCCUUGAAUGUUUGGCCUUGUUACAGACACACAAGGUGACACACUCUGGUUUAAAUGGCAAUUAAAGGUUCAUUUCACACACCUGUGGCUUUUUAAAUCGCAAUUAGUGUCUGUGUAUAAAUAGUCAAUGAGUUUGUUAGCACUGAGUCAUGGGGAGCAGAAAUGAACUGUCAAAACACCUACAUAACAAGGUAAUGGAUCUUUAUAAAGAUGGGAAAUGAUCUAAAAAGAUCUCCUGCCGACAACACCUUGACACGCCUCACAGCUUCUGCCACGCUGUAAUUUGGAGUGACGAGACCAAAAUGGAGCUUUAUGGUCACAACCAUAAGCACUACAUUUGGAGAGGGGUCAACAAGGCCUAUAGUGAAAAGAAUCCCAUCCCUGUUGUGAAGUAUGGGGGUGCCUCACUGAUGUUUUUUUUGGGGGAGAGCUCUAAAGGCACGGGGAAUCUUGUGAAAAUCGAUGGCAUGAUGAAUGCAGCAUGUUAUCAGAAAAUACUGGCAGACAGUUUGCAUUCUUCUGCACGAAAGCUGCGCAUGGGACGCUCUUGGAAGGCAAUGACCCUAAGCACAAGGCCAAGUUGACCCUCCAGUGGUUACAGCAGAAAGAAGGUUCUGGAGUGGCCAUCACAGUCACCUGACCUUAAUAUCAUCGAGCCACUCUGGGGAGAUCUCAAACACGCGGUUCAUGCAAGACCACCAAAGACUUGGCAUGACCUGGAGGCUUUAAGAGAAUGUAUCUUAAAUAUACAGUAAGUGUAUUUUAUACUUGGUUAUACUUCUGCGAGUGCAGUAAAGACAAAAUAUACUUGUAUUCACGAUCUAUUCUCUUAAAGCAAGUCUAAAUAUCUCAUAUGCUGCUUCUCAGGUGAAUGCAUAUUUUAUUUUUUUUUAAAAGAUUUUUAGAUUAUUUUAAAAUAUGUGUAUUUUUAAUAUUAUAUUCAACAUUCUCAGAUAACAAUAGUUUCUUCUGCAGUAUAGAUCCCAAAGUAAAUGUACAUUGUUUUAAAAGAGUUUUAGAUAUUUACACUGGAAAACAAGCCAAAAAGAAAACGAAUAAUAAACUUAUUUUGUUGCCGUGUAUAAUGGGGCGAAGACUCUCACCUUUCUGUUCACUUCAAUCCAUCUUUAACUCACAAAAAACAAACUCUUAUUAAUAAAACUGCAUAUUGCCAAUUUUCUUCAUGUUAAGAAAAUACACAGUGACAUAUUUUAUGAUUUAAUAAGUGACAGAGUGUGCAUCAGCCAGUGUAGUUUCAAUAUCUCCCCUUAGAUCGGGACAAUCACACAACUCAUAGAAGAGGCACUGACCGCACAGAAAAAUGCCAGUUUUAGAGUUAUUAUUUGAACUUUAAUAAAGCUAUUACGCAUCUAAGAGAGCGCAUGUUACACCACUCUUUGUCUCUCUCCACUGGCUGCCGGUUGAUGCAUGUAUCAAGUUCAAGGCUCUGAUCCUGCAUACAAAACGGUCACUGGGUCCACUUCAACAUACAUAAAAUGAUUUAUGCAGAGCUACACGCCCACAAGAAGCCUGCGGUCGGCUAUGGAACGCCACCUUGUACCAACACAGAGGCACCAAAACACUUUCUCGGACUUUCGGCUUCAUCGUAUCGUGUUGGUGGAAUGACCUUCCCAAAUCAAUCCGUGGAGCUAAAAACACAUCUUUCCCAUGAGCACUUAACCAGUCACUAAAAAACUAAUUACAAAUUCUUGUCAAAUUGAAUCUGUCUUGAAUACUAUUCUGAUGCUUGUGAAACUUUGUAAUAUGGCACUUUUGUACCACUGUCUCCUUAAGAGGAUUCGGUUGUGUUUUCCUCUUUUGCAAGUCACUUUGGAUAAAAGCGUCUGCCAAAUGAAUAAAUGUAAAUGCAUUAAAUAUAACUGCAUUAAAGAUGUAACGCCAGGGUGUUUCCUUUAAAGAGCUCCAGCUCCGCUUAUUCCACAAUGAGAGUGCUUCUGUAUUUACUUAUUUUGUAUUUUUGCAUUAUAAUUCCCUCAUAAUUUGUGAUGUACAUCAGCUGAAGCUGUUUGGAAAGUUUCGAGUUUAUCUGGACUGUGAUCUGUGUAAUUCCUCCUCUCAUCAGUCAGGUGCGAACUGUAGUGCUGCUCUCAUUUAGAGUUUAAUGUGAUCUGAUGUUACGAUAAAUGACAUCAAACGAAUAGUCGACUAUUUUUUAUUGUCGACGUUGUCUAUAAGGUUGACUAAUAGUUUCAGUCCUUGAUACCAUACAAAUGAAUGGCGAAAGCUGUAAACUAACACCUACCUGUCAUGAAAAAACAAAAGCAAUUUUAUCAUAGUAAACUCAACAUGUUGUGCUCUCCAAUAGGAUUGUUGUUGAAGAUUAGCAGACAGGCGGUCAGCUCAUCAAGUAAUGGGCUGUUUCCUCACGAAAACAGUUUUUAAACGUUAUGCUUUGUUUUGCUAACCCCUUGGUGGUAUUAGCUGCCAAUUUCAUAUUCUUAUCCUGUUUGAAAGAGCUUCCAUAUUAAUUUAUUUUGAUACACUGUUGGAACUGUGAUAAUUGGUGAAAACUAUGGCUACAAUGGUAAAUGUUUGUGAGUAUUUUAAUAUCUUAUAAAAACCAGUAGGUUGGGAGUAAAAACGGUUAUGCUGUGGAACAUGAUAAUAUACCUUUGCUAACUGGUCAUGAAAAUAUGGGUUUCAUAGGAGAGUGUAUUUACUUUAUUUGCUUUAAUUUUCCACUUAUUUUGGACUCUGUAAGUGGACUAUUAUAAUGGACACUUUUUUUGAGGAAUUUGUGAGAUUAAUGAACAAUCGAAUAAAAGUGAAAUA